AUGAAGAGAAAGAGCACAGGAAUUGUCAUCUGUACCUGGAACGACAACCGCACAAUGACAGCUGCAUCAAAAAUCCACGGCAUUGAACCUUUUGAUACAUGCAGGCGCUACGAGAGAAAGACCAAGACUUAUGUGGACGUGCAGAGGCCCAACAUCAUUAGGGUGCACAACCAGAGCAUGGGUGGAGUAGACAAAGCAGAUAUGCUGCUGUUAUUUUACAGAAACGACUUGAAAACAAAGAAGUGGUACAAAAGGAUAUGCUUUCACCUCAUCGAUCUUGCGGUUGUGAACACUUUUCUGCUUUACGGCGAAGCGAAAUCGGCAGAUAUGCAGCUGGUUGACUUCAAGUUCCGGGUGGCACUUGGAUUGAUGCGCUCACUCGAGGGCAUGCCCGGAUUGAACCGGGAUGGUGAUUAUCCUGUGCCUGCGAGUGUUGUGUCACCAACUAGUUCAUUGAAGGCAUCAGGCUCAGCAGCUGGAGUUGUUUCAAAGAGAGCCCAUCAUGUUGAACAUUCUGUGCGGCACGACGAUGUUGGCCAUUGGCAAGUGAAAGUGGCGCAAAAAAACGCCCCCAUGUGCAAGUUAAGGUCAUGCACCAGGCGCACAAGGUUCUUUUGCAAAAAGUGUUCUGUGUAUUUGUGCGUUCACACACAAAAAAUCAACUGCUUUGAGAAAUUUCAUGCAUCCUAA